CUCCGAAAACAAAAAUUGGAGUCCCAACCAAACGAUGUCCUUUUCUCCCAAAAUAUACAGCCUGCUAUUCGUCUUUUCUCCGAAAAUCCCCAGCCCUUGUUCCUCGCUCCUCCAAUUCCUUCAAUUUUUCACUCAAAAAUCCAACCACUGCUGCCACCCCCCUCUGCAAUCAUCUCCAUCUCCUUCUUCACCCCUUUUGCAAUUGUCUCACGCCGCCGACCCAACUUUGCCGCUGCAAUUCAUCAUCUCCGCUAAGCAGUUGCUGGAUUUCCUUUGCAUAAAUUUAGGGAAAUGCUAUUUUUAGAGUAAGCUUUGGGUGGUACUUAUUCCUAUCAUUUCCGGAAUUGUGGUCCCUUUGCUUUCUUCCUUACAAUCCUCAUAAUUUGUUUGGCACUUUGUUCAUAUUGGAGAUGAUGAAGAUGAUUGCAGAAGAAGCUUAAAGGAGAUGGAGAUGAUUGCAGAAGGGGCGGAGAAGAACUGGGGCUG